ACAUCAUUUGAGUAAAACUUUCUCAUACUACGAUUACCGGUAGUUAAUCGAACCUCUUUCCUUUAAAAGAAGGUCAGAGUUUCUGUGUAGUGUCAGAGAUAUGUUUAAACUGUAUGUGAAUAGUAAAUAUUUUUGGCACGAGUCAUGGUUCCCAUGAGUGGUAUAUUUAUUGAAAUGCAGCCAACAUUAUCAUCAUUAUUAUUUGUGGCAUAGAUUGAUAGAUAGACUCUAGUAACUGAUAAGAUAGAUUAUCUAGACUUCAAGUUAUGCUCAACUGUAGCAGAGUCAGAGUUAGGGUAACAGUAGACUAGCUAAUAAUAGCUAAGGCUAGGCCCAGAUCAAUCUUAUCUAGAUCUAUAAUAAUUUAUAGACGAUAGUUAAAACACAAGUCCAAGUACACAAACACUGCAACUUUGAACUGGUGUAACCACACUACGACUACAAACUGCAAUAAUUACUAGAUCUAGAUCUACAACAAAUGGCAAUGGAGAACUCAACAAGAUUACUGCCUUUGAUAAAGGACUUCCUAGACAAUGAGACAAUUCCUUUUAUGAAAUGGGUCAAUAAAGAACAGCAGAUUUGGCAGUUGCCAUGGAAGCAUCAUCGACCCACUAGAUGGGGUGAGCCUGAUGCCUACAUGUUGUGUGAAAUUGCAAGGAAAAUGUACAAUUUUAGAAGCCCAGAACCACAGCCAGAAGAGCUCAAAAUGUGGAAAGAGCGUUUACGCAACGCCUUAAGAAGCCUUGGGGUCAAAGAAUUAGAAAAGCUUCGCCAACAAGAUGGAGAGAAUCCCAUAAAAGUCUAUCAAUUCAGCAACAGUCCUGUCAAUGGGAGAAAAUCGAAAGGAAAGCGAAGGAGUGUAAACAGUCCACCUAAAGUGGAGGCAACUCUUCCUUUCAAUCAAUUUGACACUGAAUUGCAGCCUCAGCCUCCAGUUCUUGAUCAGUUUACUAGCUUUAGCGGUGCUGCAUUUCGAAGUCGCAGUCCAGUAAAUGAAUUCAAUGAUAUAGACACUGAUGGUUUUUCUGGAAAUUUAGAUAGCAUACCAGCUAUCACUGCACAACUUAUAUAUUCAGCCCCUGCCAUGAAUAUUUGUGUAAGAAAUCCAGUCUUGAGGGAAAUCCCUAUUCUACAGACUUCACAUGAUUUACUUUAUAAUAAUUUUAGCAACAUUCCUUGUGCUGUUUCCAAACCAAACACAGUAGAUACUAGAAACAUAAAUGGCAGUGGCGUAUGCUCAGAGGUUUGUCCAUAUCAGGAAUUAGAGCAACUCAUAAAUGAUGUUAGUGUAGUAGGGGUUUUUCCCCAGUUAGGUAUCAAUGACAUUGAAAAUAUUCCCACUGGAAAUAUACCUACUUGUGUUAAUGACAACAUAAGCGAUGAUUCUUGUGAGUCACCAGAAACCAUAGAUAUGCCACCAUUAAACUUCUUAUUGGAGCCAUCUCUUAUGCCCAACAAUAUGUUGGAUUGGUCAGAUGCCCCCUGUAUUGUCCUUAGUGUCAAAUAUCUGAACCAAACUGUGGUGUCCAAGAGGAUCUCCGAGCAGUCAGUUAAACUUUGCUAUGUUCCUGACAACAUAAGCAGAGAAACUAUUAGAUACUGCCCAACUCCAGAGCAGUUCGGCCCAAGUAAUGCCAAACUUGUGGAGUUACCAUGUACAGACACCUGCCCAGGCAUCGAUAAGAAUAGCUUGGAAUUAAUCCAGAAAAUACUAAAUCACAUGGAAAGGGGGGUAACUUUUGUUUACAAAGGAGAUGACAUUUUUGCCAAACGCCUCUGCAAAGCAGUUCCCUAUUACACAGUACCCACAGAGAACCAUUACAAGAAGCUAGAGAGGGGCACAGAAGUGAAAAUCUUUGAUUUCAAAAACUAUUUUGUUCCUGAGUUUGAAAAAAAAAAAAAGCCUACUCCCUAUGUCAGUCUGACAUUUUCAGUGAGAAAUCCAGAGAAGGUCAAAACACCUGUACUGUCUGUUGACAUAUGGCACAUGAAAGCCAAUGAGUUAAUACAAACACAGCAAGAGAUGACUCAAUAUUUUAACCAUCUUGAGCCUGACUGCUCUCUGUCCAAUGAGUUUGAUACAAGGCUUAGAAUAGAACAUAGUCUUCAGUGUUAGAUUUUCUCGUUAUUAUCAGUACCCAACAGCAAUUUAGACUGACCACAUCACAUUGGGACCUCAUUUAGUUUUUGCUACUUUUAUAAGCAGUCAAUUGAUUAAGAAGUGUAUCGCAUGAUGAGAAAUCUAAUAUGCUACAUGUUUGUGUUUGACAAAGUUUGACAUUAUGACUAUAUUUAGCUCACCAUGACUAUGUCGUACUGGUCUUCUUUAAAAGAAAAACAUUAUUUGUUUGUGGAUUACGAUUAAAGGAAAAGGGCGAAUGGCUGUCUGGUCAUGUGGUAUGCCCACUGAACUGUUGUUUGGUCGUCUCGAUAGUCCUGGGUUCAUACCCAACCCGCUCCCAUACCUUGUCGUCCUGCGUUUGGACUAGGAAGUAGAUUAUCUUCAACUCUGAAGGAACAUCUGAAACAUUUAAAACAUUUUAUAAACAUUUCAGUCUGCUUUUCUGAUCUAUUAGAAUAAAAGUCAAAGAGUGGACUAGUUUUAUUAAACAGUUCUGAAAUGUUAAUUUAUGAACUGUUUAACUCUUGUGCUACUAAUUAGUUAAUUAAUGUAUCACUGUUGGUAUAUUUGAUUGGUAGGUUAUAAUGGCACCUUUAUUUUACUUCUCAAUGCAUUCAUAGGCCUCCUUCAGUCAUUAGAUAUUUUGUAAACCUGUGCUCUAUAGGAAUUGUAUUCUUGACAUUAUUUGACCAUUCUGAGCCAAAAAUAAUAAUUUGAAAUAGUUUACAAAUGUCUAUAAAUGCACUCAUCUAUAUAUUUAUAUUUCUGCCAAAUACAUUUGUUCACAAUUAUUUAUUUUAUAAUUUUUGGUACGGUAUGUGUAAAUAUAAUUUGAAAUAGUUCUAAGACUUUUUUAAAGUUUGCAAUUGUAUAUAUAAUCUAAUGCUAGAUAACUGGAAAUUUUUUUUUUCUAGAAAGAAAUCUGUGAUACAAUAAUUGUAAUCAAACCUGUUAUAUUGAGCUUCAUUGGACUAACUACAUUUUUAUUUAUUUUCAUGUUUUAAACGAUCUUAGGAAUGUUAUUUUUAUGACGCUAAAACUUACAUUCUAACAAUGUUAAAACAUAGCUUUGCAACAUUUACAUUGUUUCUCUGAGUAAUAGAAAUACUUUGCUUAAUUUAUAACUCUCAUGACUGAAGAAAAUAUUUAUAUGCGCAAUAGGAUUACAAUGUGCUAUUAAUAUUAAUAAUAUUGAUAUAUUACUGUAGCGCUCUAACAAGCUCAAGAAAAACUUCCAUAUCAAUGUAACGAAAUUCUAACUUAUUUACUGCAGUUUGCCUUUUUAUGGCUAAUAUUAUAAUAGAAUAGUUGAACUAAAAUAUGUAAAAAAUUCAAACUAGUUAUCUUUGUGCAUAUUUAUAAGUCCAACUGGAGUUAUAUCUUUAUGCAGUGUUAAAUGUCUGUCUAUGCACUUUGUCAAUUCUUUUUAGCUUUGAAUUAUUUUUGUCAAGAAUUUAAUGAAUACUUUCACUAUAAAUUUUGCCCAGAUGAAAACCAUUGACAUCUAUUUUUUUUAAUACACAGAAAAUAUAAUAUAUGAAAAUAUAAUAUAAUAUAUAAAAUAAAAAAAAUAGCUUUAUUUUUAAAUAAUGAGUGAUAUAGUUAAAUUGUUUAAACUUAAAUUUAUUAACUCUUUCUCUCCAUUGAUUUGUCCCCAUUAAAUUAAAUUUAUUUUUGGUUUUAUGAACUAUUAUUUGUGUUGUAUAAAAAGAGCAUGAGCAUGCAUUCUCCUAUAAUUGUAUACCAAAGGUAACGUUUUGUGAUUACAAACAAACAUGCUAUUUAAAUUGAUCGUAACAGGGUAUGAUGCCGAAAUGUGAAAAAUGAACAAUUCUGUCAGAGCGUGGAAAAUUAAUUGCGGAGAUAAAAAGUUAAAAUACACUGUGUUAGAAGUGUGUUAGAAGUGGUUGUGUUAGAAGUGGUUGCAGAUUGCAGAUUUCUAAAGAUUGAAAUCAACAAGAUUGAAAUCAACAUGGCCUUUGUUCUAAUACCUUCAGUCUCAAUAGGUAGCUGCUACCAACAUGAGUAUUAUAUUUAUAAGUUGAAAAUAACAAUGAUUAUUUGUUUACAUAUCCAAUUAUUAAUUCUAUUUUAUUCUAUAAUUCACAUGAAAUUAUGUGUAAAUAAAAAAAAGAAUAACUAAAAAGAUAAUCUUUAAUCUUGUCCUUGUGCUAUUCGU